AUGCGCAAGCGGAUUAGUCUCACGAAAGGGGUCGCAGAACCGUGUCAGGACACAGCUGCCAGCGAGAUCGAGCGGAGUCGAGUCGAGCACAGCAACAGCGGCGAAGGCAGUCGAAAGAGUAAGAGUUGGCUGGCAGAGCCGCAGCUGAGUCAGCCAGCGCCAAGCCCUCCUGCCCGGCCAAAGUCGACAGUGCAAGAAACCCGUCCAACUUCACGGAAGAAGCAUCCUCUGCCACUUCACGACGUCCACACCACCGCCGCGAUGAUGUCCCAGUCCCUCAGAGCUUCGCGCUCUCUCCUCACCCGCGUCAGCCGGCAGCAGGUCUCUGUCGCCCGCCGGACCUUCCUUACAUCCGCCGCUCGUCAGGCCGACCCCGUCCAGGACCUGUACCUGCGUGAGCUCCGCGCCUACAAGCCCGCUCCCAUCAAGCCCGGUGAUGCGGAAGCCCACGUUCAGAAGUUCUCCGCUCCCAAGCCGCCCCCAUCGCCUGAGGAGGCCAACAUCGCCAACGAGCUGAAGGACUACGAGGCCCAGCAGGUUGAGGUUGAGGGCCAGGCUGCCGCUGGUGAGGCCGCCCCCGUUGAGGAGAGCUGGUUCGAGGAGGACGAGGAGCCGGCUGCCGCCGCUCACUAAGCUAUGAGAGAAAAUGUUUGGACGCAUGAAAUGGGCUUGAUGGGCUUUACGUGAACUGACGUGGUCCCCGAGUCGUGUGUCCAUGGGGAGCUUGUAAAAUAGACCUGCUUCGAACAUUUUGCGGCUGCCUUUACAAUACCAAUAUCAUUGUGACAUCUUUCAAAUCCUGUGUUUCAACCCGUGAGACCUCAAGACUCUACGUCCCAGAUGGUCAUGAUAGGCUCGUAAUAUAUCGUGCCUCGCAAGCUGUCGCUAUUGCGCGGACUCUGAGACUCUGGUAUUGAAUCACCGUUAUCAGGUAUCAGGUCCUGUAGAGUAUAGCCAUAUCUCCUCAGGAUAGUGUGU